AUGCAGCAGCUGCAGCAACAGCGUGCGAUGCUAGAUCCCGCGACGGCGGCAGCCGCAGCCGCCCAUCAUCUACACCUUCACCAGCAGCAGCAGCAUGCCGCUGGCGGACCCGGUCACGUUCAUCCCGCCCAGACGAUGACCAUCAACCGGAAGCUGCACGGUACUGGUGGUGUCCCCGGUGGCCAUCCACUACCGCCCGUGUACGGCGAUGACAAUCCGCCUCCACUACCACCGUUGCGCAAUCCGCAGAAGGCACUGCCACAGCCGGUGUCAACGGUGGCAGGCAGCGAUCCGACCACCACCGAUGCUGCCGGUUCGGACAAGCAGAUCUACAUCUACUCCACUGCCAAGUACGGCAAGUACGAUCCGAACGGUAAGUCACAUCUGCACCAGCAGCAGCAACUUCAACAGCAGCAGUCACAUCCAGCCUCCGGGAAACCUCCGGGAGAAGCGGGACCGGACAAGGCUGUUGGUGGUGCCGGUGCGAAGAAUCCCAACACCACCACUUUUAGCUCGACGCCCGGGUUUAACAGCAAACCACUGCCGUCGAUCAUCAACUGUCCACUGCCGGAUAUACCGAAGAGUGCGAGCAAUGGUAGCAACAGCACCACCAGCAAGGAUGACAUCUACGUCAAGCGAAAGCUUCUCUCAGAUCAUCCGAAUGGUAGUAAGUUCGCUACGCUCAAACCCAUACCGGCGCCGAAGAUUGAACCAAACAAUCUGAACGGCAAGCAUCAGCACCAGCAGCAUCCGAUAAGCAAUGGUGCGAAUGGUGUUGGGGGUGUUACACCGGCCGAUUUGGCGUCACAGUUGCCACCACCACCACCACCACCACCGCUCCCGGUCACCGGUAGCUCGUCCGGUUCGUCGGGCGGUUCCUCGUCCGGGUACGGUACGGCCGGUCUGACCACCUCCCAGAUUCAAUCCCUUCCCUUACCUCCUCCACCACUCGAGCUGCUCCAGCAGCAACAGCAGCAGACACAUCCGGACGAUCAGGGCCUACGGUUGCCACCGCCACCGACAACCGAAGAGCUACGGUCGACGCUGGCAAGCAAUGGCGUCGACGGUCAGCAGAACGGCGGUGUGAGUGAUAGCGUACCGAACGGUGACACCACGCUACCGGAUAAAGCGGCACACGGACACGACGAUAACAGCUUCUACGCGGUGACGGAGCUGUAA